UCACCCUCCAGAUGUUGUAUAAAUUAAAAACAUCAAAAAUGUUUGAGAAAGCAAAGCCAGGAGACGGCAAACAGACGGCAGAGAUUGUGGAAGAAGAUCCUUUCGCCAUCCAGAUGAUGUCGUGGUGUCCAGAAAGUAGAGUGUUCUGCGUAGCUGGUGUUUCGGCUUAUGUCAUAAUCUAUCGAUUCAGCAAGCACGAAGCUGUGACCGAAAUAGCGGUAAGUGUUUGGAUUCACACAAGUGAAUAUUAUUCAUAUUAAUUGUGUGCUAUUAUUGUGUGAAUAUUACUGUGUGACUUAGUAAGGAGCACAGCACGUCGCAGAUUAAAUCGCCUUCCGUAUAGACACUCUGGUAGAUAUUACACAUUUGUUAUGGUAUAGUGGCAGCAUAUUUUCACAGGUAAUCAACCUUUUGUAAAAUUAGAUAUUUAGCAGUGUUCAAGUACCCUAUGUCAGGUCCCCUGCCUCGGCGCCACUAGCUGCGGCCUUGCUUACUUCUUCACCGCGAGCAGCGCUAUUUGGUCCCUGUUCGUGGCGUGCGGCUUUCCCCGCCGUUGUGCUCUAUACUGACAGUGUUUCUGACACUGCACGCUCCAGAGCAGAAUCCUUAUAUGUGUGCCGGACCCGGUCAUGUGACCCGGCACACAGUGAUGACCUCAGAGACUACAAGGGAGGGAAGAAACACCUCCCACAUGUUGUGGUUAACACUAAUUGGAGGUUAGCCAAUCAGACACACCCUGUGUGUAUAAAAGCAAACCCCCUCUUGCCUCAGUGCCCUGUUGUGGUCUUUGUUUAGCCCAAUGGCGCGUUAUACUCUCUUUGAUUAAUUGGUUACCGAAUUUUGGCUUGUCUUACGUUUAGAAAUACACAAAAGUAAAAGACAGAUAAGGGUUGCGCCACAUGCAAUAAAAUGAAAUAAAAUAUAAUAAAGUGAAUAAAAAUAAUACUGUGAGUCUUAUUCCAGAUGUGCAAAUUGUCACAUAUGCGAUAGUCUCUUAUUCAGGAGGUAGGUUCAACUGCGGGUCUUGUAGUCGUGGGUCUCCGUAUGUGGAUGAGAAGAAACACAAAAAAGACCUAAUAGUGCAGUAAGCCAGGGCUAAAUAGGCCUGUUAUUAAAUAAUAGUUGACAACAGAUCACAUGUUCAUAUGGAGCUUUCCCGAGGGAAAAAUUAGUACUGUGUGGAAAUAUGUGGUAGCUGAAAAAUUCAAAAGGUACUAUAAUAACGAAGAGAAACAUGACAUAAAAUAUACUUUAGGAAUUAAAGAGACACUGUAGCCACCAGAACAACUACAGCUUAAUGUACAGUAUACAGCUUAAUGUUGUCUGUACUUUUUGCAGUAAGCACUGUUUUUUUUCGGAGAAAAGGCAGUGUUUACAUUACAGUCUAGUGAUAACUCCACUGGCCACUCAUCAGAAGGCUGCUAGAGUUGCUUCCUUGGGCAGUUUAGAAUCUCUGGGCAUGUUUAGUAUCUCUACAGUCAAUAACUCAGAUCUGCAUGGAGUCGCUGAACUUUCUCUAUGAAGAGAUUCUGAUAGGCCAGGGUGGUGUUUGGCCCCACCCCGCCUCCUACCUCCUUGGGUGAGAUCAUCAGAAUUGAUGAUCUCAACCAAUCCAAUGGCUUCCUAUGGGAGCAUUGUGACUGGCAUAGAUCAUCACUUCUGAUGAUGUCAGCCAGGAAAGAAGAUCAGGGGCAGAGUCAGUAUUGGCACAAUGGAAUAAGGGUACGCUUUUACUAUAUUUAGGGUGUCAGGGGGGGCUAGAUAGUAUUUUUAAUACUAUAGGCUCAGGAAUGCAUGUUUCUGUUCCUGACAAUAUAACAUUCCUUUAAGAUAAAGAACUGAGCUAAUAAAACAGAUAUCAUAGACUGAACACAGCCAGAAAACAGCCACAUCAUUCAAUACAAUGAUCAUGUUUCUUGUUUCCUGUAAGUCUUUAGAAGUUCGCCUGCAGUAUGAGGUUGAAGAUAUGAUCACCCCGGACCCAGACUCGAUCCCACCAUUUCCUGAUUCUUUGUCGCAGCCUCUCACCUCGAAGAGCAGGAACCUUUCUGGCAGUGCCAACAUCGUGACAUGUGAGGGGCCCCUGAAAGACAGCAUACCAUGUUCAAAGUAA